GAUGAUGACAUAGACGACCAUGAUGGUGCAUCCAAAUGGCUUCAAGGAAUGGGAUUUGACAAAAAAGAUUUCCCAUCUUUACAACCCUUCAAAGUGAAACUGUAUCCUUGAUUAAAAGUCAGAGUGGUCACCUUUAGCUGAGAUAAAACACAUUAUAUUUAUAUAGUUUGGGAAUUUCUUUGUGUAUUUUUUUUAAUCAGCUGGUAACAAUGAUAAACUAAAUAUGUCCCCAUUGCUCUAUUUUUGUCACAUUUUCGGAUGAUCCAGCUUUGAUCUUUAGAUAAGAUCAAUUUCAAUAUUUGUUUAUAUUUUAUUUUUUUUACAAAAUUUUACCUUUGCAAUAAAUUUUUUAAAUUGGUCAAGAAAAAACAUAUCUUUAAACAUUUAGUAUUAUUGUACAUAGUAUUCCUUAACUAAAACAGACAGAGGGAAGGUUACCGAGAGAUUGACAACAGGCCUCAGUCCAUGAUUUAUGUUGAAGGUGUUGAUGUUCAUCCAUUCUUCAACCUUCUCCUCAACUAUUCCUCUUGCAUUGCGAGCAGUGGUCCUCAACAUGGAAUCCCUCCUACAAUUCUGUCACCUGUACCUUUUGUUGGCGGUACUUUAGUAACUAAUACUGUAUGUAUUACUCUUAACUUUAUCCUUUAGUCUAGGGAUUGCAGAUUUUGGAACUGUUAUCGCAGAUCUGGAUUUUCAUGAAUGACAUCGCUAGUACUGGAGGACCAGCUCCACUAGUCUGUAUGAAAGACUUUGACAUGAAUGAUAUCGCUAGUAUUGGAGGACCAGCUCCACUAGUCUGUAUGAAAGACUUUGACAUGAAUGAUAUCGCUAGUAUUGGAGGACCAGCUCCACUAGUCUGUAGGAAAGACUUUGACAUGAAUGAUAUCGCUAGUAUUGGAGGACCAGCUCCACUAGUCUGUAUGAAAGACUUUAACAUGAAUGAUAUUGCUAGUAUUGGAGGACUAGCUCCACUAGUCUGUAUGAAAGACUUUGACAUGAAUGAUAUCGCUAGUAUUGGAGGACCAGCUCCACUAGUCUGUAUGAAAGACUUUGACAUGAAUGAUAUUGCUAGUAUUGGAGGACCAGCUCCACUAGUCUGUAUGAAAGACUUUAACAUGAAUGAUAUCGCUAGUAUUGGAGGACUAGUUCCACUAGUCUGUAUGAAAGACUUUGACAUGAAUGAUAUCGCUAGUAUUGGAGGACCAGCUCCACUAGUCUGUAUGAAAGACUUUGACAUGAAUGAUAUCGCUAGUAUUGGAGGACCAGCUCCACUAGUCUGUAUGAAAGACUUUAACAUGAAUGAUAUUGCUAGUAUUGGAGGACCAGCUCCACUAGUCUGUAUGAAAGACUUUAACAUGAAUGAUAUCGCUAGUAUUGGAGGACCAGCUCCACUAAUCUGUAGGAAAGACUUUAACAUGAAUGAUAUUGCUAGUAUUGGAGGACUAGCUCCACUAAUCUGUAGGAAAGACUUUGACAUGAAUGAUAUCGCUAGUAUUGGAGGACCAGCUCCACUAGUCUGUAUGAAAGACUUUGACAUGAAUGAUAUCGCUAGUAUUGGAGGACCAGCUCCACUAGUCUGUACGAAAGACUUUGACAUGAAUGAUAUCGCUAGUAUUGGAGGACCAGCUCCACUAGUCUGUAUGAAAGACUUUGACAUGAAUGAUAUCGCUAGUACUGGAGGACCAGCUCCACUAGUCUGUAUGAAAGACUUUAACAUGAAUUAUAUCGCUAGUAUUGGAGGACCAGCUCCACUAGUCUGUAUGAAAGACUUUAACAUGAAUGAUAUUGCUAGUAUUGGAGGACCAGCUCCACUAGUCUGUAUGAAAGACUUUGACAUGAAUGAUAUCGCUAGUAUUGGAGGACCAGCUCCACUAGUCUGUAUGAAAGACUUUAACAUGAAUGAUAUGGCUAGUAUUGGAGGACCAGCUCCACUAGUCUGUAUGAAAGACUUUGACAUGAAUGAUAUCGCUAGUAUUGGAGGACCAGCUCCACUAGUCUGUAUGAAUGAAAGACUUUGAGACCAACUUGAUGUGUAUCUGUAGCAUAAAUACUUUCGAUGGUAAAAAAUACAUUACAACUUUAUGUCAACAUUUCAUUACAGAUGAAGCACUCUAUCAUAAGAGAUGAAUUCAAUCAUGGAGAUAUUCAGAGUCAAACAUCCCAUGUUUUUGAAGUGACUGGUCCACUUUUACCUCAUCAUACACUGAACAUAGCCUCUGUCUUACAGUCCAGUCCAGAAGUGAGUCGAUCCACAAUCUCCUACAGUACACACCAUCCCAGUGCUGCCCUCAACUCACAAACGGUCAACCAAGAAGACAAGGACAAGCUGGCCAGUGGGCUAAACAAACUAUUUGUGGAUAUUUCUCAGGCAAACCCUGGUUUAAUUGGAGAUUUGAAUGAGAGACUUGCACUCCCAGCUGUCCUUGAGAAUGGCACGGCUAUCAAAGAAUUGAAUAUACUUCAGAAAGGAUUUACUUGGAGUUCUUAA